AUGCAAAAUGCGCAGGCCAAAGCGAAUCCGUAAUCACAAUCUCCCUUCACGCACAUACGUUCUCAAUGGAGGUAAUUCGUUGCGAGACCUCCUCUCUCAUCCGCCCUAUCCCCGUCACCAGUCACAGACAAGAGACAACGGCGCGGGCGCCGACGCCAUUCGCCAAUAGGCAAUGGGUAAGU